CGCGCAUAUAUCGUAUGUGAAGUGCGCUCUUACACAUCAUACACACUCCAAAGUCCAAGCAUUAGGCACGAGGAAAACCACUACCCCCAGAUGCCAUAACAUUUAUUGAAAAAAGCUCGUCAUUUCAGUGGCAUCCGGGCAUGCUCCUGCCAGGCGCAAGCAUGCAAAUCAGGCGAGUCUUGUGAACCUAUUUCUCCGUUCAUGACGAAAUUUACAGACCGCAGCUUCCUAAAAGAUCUAGCCAUGCUACGAUCGCCAACCUCUUCAUACACUUUCCUCUCCUACCUUCACGAACACAAUCGUCUCGUCACAUUCAUUAACCGAGGCUCUUUCAUCCCCAGUCGACGUGAAUAUUCCGACUAUCUGAUAUGGGCUGCGGAAAAAGUUGCCCGCGAGCCCGGUGGAUUGGUUCAUUACGGCGAGAGGGUCUUGAGCAUUCAAAGCGAUGGCCUAGUCGUCUCAGUAACCUCGCUUUCCGAGAGUGAACACCCCGUAAAACGCGUCCGGAGAGGAAAGCAUCUUGUUAUCGCGCCCGGAGGAACACCGAGGGUACCUCCCUCGCUAUCUGCGCUUGCUGUCAGAGCUCCCAGUCGAAUUAUCCACACCUCAGUAUAUGCGCACCGCAUCGACGGCAUUAUGCAUGAUAUCCUGAGUGACAUCAUCUUCAAACGCCCCUCAACUACGACUGAGAGUGAGAGUACCAAUUUUCGACCAGUCCGUAUCGCUGUCGUUGGCAGCGGUCAGAGCGCAGCUGAAGUCCUCCUUGACAUCCAAGCCCGUUUGAGUGUCUUCCCUCCACCUGCCCCUAGCUCCGAGCACUCAGUUCCAUCCAACCAUUCCGUCGAUCUCAUCAUUCACCGAGGAAGUCUCAAACCAUCGGAUGAUUCUCCAUUCGCAAACGAAAUCUUCGACCCCGCUUCGACGGAUUUUUUCUUUAAUCUUAACAGCAAAGAAGCUAGAUCAGAGGUAAAGCGAGAGUAUGAAAAUACGAAUUAUGGUGUCGUCAAUCCCAACACCCUGGCCAAGGUCAGUAGCACUGGUAUUCUUUGUGCAAUGGCAGCUGUCAAUAUGUCCAGAUAUAUACGACCAGAAAGUGGAAGACGGAGCACAUGCCCGGGGCACCUUCCGAUGCACUGAAGACCCCUCGGAUUAACAUUCUCAGAUACCGAACCAUAGUUGCAGCCACUCAAUAUUACACGACUUCGGACUCUUCAUCCGACGUAGCCCCGAUUGCACACCGAGCUUCUUCGCAUUGGCAUGGAUUACUCACGCUUACGCUCCAGCACCCGGGAUAAUUACUAAGCCUCGAUCACUUGGAGCAACUCCUUUCCGAUACUCCCAAACAUAAUUAGGUGCCCUGGGGCUCCUCGGAUUGACAUUUGUGCUUGUUGGAGACUCUGGAGGUGAUAUGACAGAAGGUACCCAAUCGAGACUCCGUUCGACAUUGUUGUGCCAGAUGUCCAGGACUUUCCACGGGGAAAGCAAGGUAAUAACUAAAUAUAACUGGAGCGUCGAGCAACUGUAUUACGGGAGUAAUAACUUGUGAGAAUUUGUUCCUUAAGUAACGAUUCAGUGGUAACCCUAAGUGUAAUUGGAACUU